GACUUCAACCCACCGACAUUGUAGCGAAGUGCAGAACCAUAGUCAUGGCGCGUGGGAUCAUGCUACCGUCAUGCUUUGCGGCGCUGGUGAUGGCAGCAUGCUUCCUCCUCCAUGGAGUUCAUGGGAACGGCGGAAUCGUGCUGGUCCCGUCCGGGAGUGUGAGUCUCGUGUCGGGCAGGAACGUCACCGGGUUCCUCUCGUGCGACCCACCACCGACAGAGGACGUCGUGGUCGACAUGGCAUUGACAAGCCGUGGCGGCGAGAGCGAGCACAACUUCCCCAUCAUCUCUCCCAACCGCGUGCGGAUCCUGGCAGGCACUAAGUCAGCUUCGUUCUCGGUUCUCGGGCGUGGCGAGGGUCGGUACUACGUGCAGUAUCAGGUCACGGUCAACUUGAACUACCACGUCAAGCACGCCGAGUCUGUGAUCAUGGUCAUGAACGCGAACGAUGGGUGGGGCGGCAUCCAGUUCCAAAUCGGACUCAACAUGGCCGUGUUCGGCGCGGGCCUGGCGUUCUUCCUCUGGCGCCGGCUGUGUCCCCGCCUGCGCCUUCCGUUCUGGAGCUCGCAUCCCGUAGGUCUGUUUGAGAAGAUCAACUACGACCAGCUUCCUCCGGGUAAGUUCCAGUCCAAGUACGGCGUCGCCCUUCUCCACGGAUCCUCUCUCGGCGACCGCGCGCGCCGCUUCGUCAGUCUGCCGUGCGAUGGCAAGGACAUCAUUGAGAUCGCGGGACUCGACGCGGCGCUCAGCAUGCGGCUGCAUGUGGACAUGGGCCACCUCUUCUUGAUCCUCACCGUGUUCAGCUGCGGCGUCCUCAUGCCAAUCCACUAUAUGUCUGGCAAGAUGGACGAUGCAUCUGACCCGUACUUGGACUUGUCCUUCCAAGAAACCACCAUCGGCAACGUGCCACUGCAGAGCCACUGGUACUGGGGCCACGUAGCUAUGACAUACAUCACGGCGCUGUGUGUGCUCAAACUAUUGCAACGGCAACUAGACGUUGGUAAGCGCGUGAACAUUGACUCGACGCGGGCCAUCGGCCAUCGCAGUGUGCUCAUCAAUUCCGGCCUUCCAAAGGACAUGAACUCGUUCCAGUUGCGGCAAAAGCUGGCGUCGUUCCUGUCUCCUGACGACAUCAAGGCCACGGUGGUCAUUCACGACUUGCAAGCACUGUACCGUAUACUGGACCAGCGAGUAACCCUCCGCAACGAGUACAACCGCCUCAUCACGACCAACGCCCAGUCCAUCUCUGGCACACUGCCGGGGUGUGUGCGGUGGUGCCCGGGGGACAUCUGCUGUCCGUCCGCGCCGCUCCUCGCGGUGUCCUACGCGCGAUGUCUGCCGUGCCGGUCGCUGUGCUGCCCAUCGGCCGCCGCCGACCGUGGGACCGUCCAGUACUCCCCGGAGCACAGCGGCGGCCGCGACAUCCAGGCCAUCCUCGCGCACGCGCUGCCCCGCGAUAGGCGCCGCGCCGACUGGAUCCAGCACGAACUCGAGUCGUUUCCCAGUCACGUGUUGGAUCUGUACGCCAAGCGACAAAGCACGGGCGCGGCAUUUGUCGUGUUUAGCUCGAUGAAAGCCAAACAUGAUUUUGAAGCGCGGGUGCGGGCGGCGCAAAGGCGGCAGCUGCCCGAGGUGGCCUUCCCGUGGGAUGCCACGUCAUCCCAUCGCGAUCUGAUCGCCGCUUCGAUGGAGGAACAGCCCGAGGACACGAGCAUGCUCGCGCCCCUCGUCCUCCGCGCCGCGCCCGAGCCGGACGACGUCCACUGGCCAAACUUGACGUACCAGCCGCAGUCAGCCAAGCGCGUGUGCAUGUUCGUCUUCUACCAGGUCACGACGGUGGUCAUCAUGAUCUUGUUCUCGACGCCCACGGCCGUGCUCAUUUACGUCAAGCUGGACACGCACAGCGCCGUCUACGCCAUCUUUACGCACGACAUUUCGUCCGUCUUGGCCAAAUUUAUCACUUCGUACCUGCCGUCGUUGUUGCUGAUUACGGUGAAUUGGUGCCUGCUCACGUCGCUGUUUUACCUCACGACGGUCGAGCCGUGGCUAAGCGAGUCGGAACGCAUGAAGAGCUUCCUCAACAAGGGCUUCUCGUACCUGCUCCUGAGCUCCAUCGUGCUGCCGUCGAUUGGCGUCACGGCCGUGUACUUAGCCACGGACCAGGGCGCGAGCUUACACCACGGGUCCGAAGCGGCGUACAUUGAAAGGUUCAUGUUUCAACUCUGUCGCAACUUUUUCAUUGCAUACGUGUGCCAGCGGGCGUUCCUUGGAUCGAUCCUGCAGCUGCUUCGUGUAGGCGAACGCCUAGUGUACCAGCCUUGGCUUCGCGCGCGGGCGGUGACGAAAGCCGAAAUCCGCGAAGCUGAUCGUCCGUGGCCGUACUACUUUGGUUACGAUUAUGCUGUCGUGUUGAGCACGUUCAUGGUCACGUUGCUGGGGGUGGUGCUGUCCCCGUUGCUGACGCCGUUCGGGGCCUUGUACUUUUACAUGAAGUUCGUUGCGAUGAAGUACAACUUGGUGUAUGUGCACCCCAAGAGUGCAGGUCGCGGCCACGUGGCACGUUCUGCGUACACAAUCAUCUUUAUCUGUCUGGUGCUGUUGGAGUUUACGGUCGCGGUGGUCAUUCUCGAAGUCGGUCGCAAAGAGCAGUUUGCCGCCAUGGUCUUCUUGAUGGGCGCCACAAUCGUGUUAUAUGUCGGAUGGUACACUUGUUCCUAUUUAUUAUAUAUAUCAAGUACUUUGUAAUUAUAAUUAUUAUUCAUCGAUUCAUAUAUCUAUAUAUGUAUAUAUUAUUAUUAUUAGUCACAUAUAUAUAUACAUAUAUAUUUGGAUAUAUAUGAGCAAUAUAUAUAUAUUUGAAUAUAGAAUAAUAGCUGACAUAUCACAAUACUUCAAAGUAUAUUUGAAUGCAUAUGAAAAGAAUAACACAAUGUUUAAAGCAUACUUGACAUCAUAUCAUCCUAUUAUCAGGUGGCGGCGGCGGAACCGCGGGGUGUUCUACUCGUGGCAGCAGCAGCGGCGGCAGCAGGCGGAAGGGGCCUCCAAAGCCCGCGACCGCGUCAAGAUCCUCAAGCACCACGCCGACGACGUCCAGAAGCGGGAGGCGUUCGCGCGGCUAGUGGCGUCGACGAUCGCGCGGCGGCAGCAGGACGAGCAGCGGGCGUAUGUCAACCCGUACGAUGCCGGGCUCAAAGUGUUCAACUGCAUUUACACGCAGCAAAAGACGGUCUGUGACGACGUGCGCGACAAGGCGGCCGCGUUCGCCAAACUCAAGCAAGUGACCGCCCAUAGCCACGAGUUUUUGGCCAAACCCAACGAAUAAUGUCACCAUCUUUGUAGUUUAUAACACACUUUAAACUUAAAUCCAACUAUAAGAUUGUUCAAUUC